AUGGAAUUUCAUAAUCCGAUUUUUUCAGUUGACACAUACUUGCGCAACAUUUGGCCCGACUACCAGGCGAUGAUGAUGGAGAAGUACAAGGAGUCGAUCCCGGAUGAGAAAGACCGCAAGGCGAAGAUCAACCUGUGGAAGCCGCAUGGCGUCUCGUCGGACAUCACGCAACGAUACCCAUCCCGAAUUCACCUGCACGCCAAAUUCUGCACCGACGACUCGGUAGCGAUGAAGCGCAUCGUGCAGACGCUGGCCACCGUGCUGUCGUACUCGGGCUCGGCCGGCGUGCACGUCGUCUGCGAGCCGGACGACUACCAGAAGAUCUCCUUCCUCGCCAAGCUCCAGUUCAACCUGAUCCCCACGAAGCGCGCCGACGGGUUGGAGAUCUACGGGUACCGCUUCUGCUCCUACGUCCACUCCAGCCCGUCCGACAGCGCCGACGAGGACGAGGAGAUGGCC